CCAAGACCAACAGAGGCCUUGGCAACGCUGACACUCUGUGGAGCAACAGCCACCAGGCAGCCAUCCUGGAGCAGGUCUGGGGGCCAAGUGCAGCAGGCUGGAAUUCCUGCUGCCUAUGGAGUGGGUGGCAGCCCCAGGGCCCAAGCAGAGGGCCCCUCCUCGAGCCUUGGAGAAUGCUGUGCCCCAAGCAGAAGCCUGGCUGCCAGGAGUCUCUUGUGCCACUUCAGCCUGGGCCACCAGCCUGGAGGGAGAGCUUCCGUCAGAUCUGGAGCUGAGCGAGGAACAGCGGCUACAGAUCUCCAAGGAGCUGGUGGACCUUCAGAUUGCAACUCAUCGCCUGCAGGAGCAGCACGAGGCUGAAGUCUUCCAGCUGAAGAGGGAGGUCCUUCGGCUGGAGAGCCGGGUGCUGGAGCUGGAGGUGCGUGGAGAUCAUAUCAGCCAGGGACAUGUGGACCCAGCAGAGGUCAACCCAGCACAGAAGUUCAAUCAAGAAACCCAGGGGCCGAGACACUCUGCCCACCACAGCCACCAGGUCACCCUGACCACAGGAAGAGCCCAGGUGCAACCCAAGGAUGUCCUGAUCCCUAAGCCAUUGAAACUGGAGAAUAGUCUGCUGGGAACCCAGGAGCUUCGGGGUGAAGUGAAGUGGGUGCUGGAACAUCACAGGGCCCUGCAGCAGACACUGGAGACACGGGUCAGGGCAGCCCUGGGCCAGCAGCUGCAGGGAGCACAAGAGGAAGCCAGGGCAGCUGGACAGCGGCUAGCUGCACAAGCAGUGAUGCUGUCCACCUGCCAGGGCCAGCUCCGACAGGCCCAGGUUGAGAACGCCCGGUUGCAGCUGCAACUGAAGAAGCUGAAUGAGGAGUAUGCCCUCCGGCUGCAGCGCUGCGCCCAAGAGGCAGUGGGAUAUGCAGAUGGUGCAAGCCAGGCUGCCCUUCAGACUUUCCUGGAGGCCACUCUGCAGGACAUCCGGGCAGCACACCACAGUCGUGAGCAACAGCUGGCCCGGGCUGCUAGGGCCUACCGAAAGCACCUGGCUGAUCUGAGCCGUAGGCAUGAGGAGCUGCUGGCCACACACAGUGUGCAGCAGGAGCAGCUGCAGGCACUGGCAGACCCAGACAGGACAACUGGGACCCUCAAGGCUACCUUUACUACAGCCACAGACCUGAAGCCACUGUCUGUGCCCCUGGCCACUGAGCUCAGCCACCUGCAGAAGGAUGAGCACAGCCAGCUCAGGAUGCUGCCCUUGUGCCCACGAAAGGGACCUGGUGAAGCCUCCUCCCAGGAGACCUCAGAGCCACUGAGCCUGGAUACCAACUCCUGGGCCCAGAUCUGCCAGAAGCUCCAGGACUUCUCCCGAGGCACUCAGGUAGCAGAGCUGGAACGUGAGCGAGCACAGCUGCUGGUGCGGGCCACCAAGGCUGAAGAGCAGCUUUCAGAGCUGCAGGAGUAUGUGGACCAGCACCUGGGAAGAUAUACAGGCGUCACACCUCAGGGUUGUUGGAUGAAUUCUGUGGAGGAUGGAAUCGUCUGGAGGAGCUAGUAUGGGGAAGCCACAGACCUGUGAUACAGGUAAUUGUCAGGUAGAAGGAUACCCUGUGCCACAGAAGCAGACCCAAGUCCAGACCAGCUGGCCUUCCACUUUCAAGUGAAGCAGGGGGUCAGGUGAAGCAGGGAGUGGUGAACUUCUGAGUAUCAGGGGUCUCUGAGUUUGGCCUGAGGGGUGUGUUGGGGGAGGCAGCAGGAAGAACAGACAGUGUGGGCAAGACUCUGAGGGAGAGUUGUUGACCCACCAGGAAACCUCGAGAUGCCAGCCUAGACUCUGAACCCUGUGCCCAUUGCCCCAGCUUCCCCUGUAGCCCUGGAUUUGCAGCUUAUAGCAGGCAGAUGAGACUGGAGGGCCCCAGUGGGAGGGAGUGGUUGGAGUCCCCAGCCAGCCCCAGCAGGCUCUCUAGUACUGAUGCCCUCUCCUGUCCCCAGAACCUUCCCAAACCAAAGACAGGCCAGGAGCCAUGGGACUCAGGUGGCCUGCUGCCUCUGGCUAGGGAGCCAGAACAGAGCAUAACAAUAGCCAAAAAACGAAAGUAACCCAAUGUCCGUGGCAAACAUAUCCACAAUAGGUUAUUAUUACUAUUAUAUCAUUCUGUUAUUCAAAACAGAAAAGUUCCACACCUGCUAUAAUAUGGAUGAGCCCUGAGGAAAUGAGCCAGUCACAAAAAGACAAAUACUAUGCGGUUCUACCUAUAUGAGGUUCCUAGAGCCGUGACAUUCACAAAGGUAGAGGAAUAGUUGGGUUUUACAGGCUUGGUUUCAGUUUGAGGAGAUGGAAGGAGCUCAGGAGAUUAGUUGUACACUAGUAAGAAUGUGCUUAAUACUACUGAGCCUAAGAGGGUUGAUGGGCUGGGUGCAUUGUUGCACACCUGUCAUCCUAGCUACUUGAGAGGCCAAGACAAGAGGAUCUAAAUGUUCAAGGCCAGCCGGGGCAACUUCAUGAGACCCUGUCUCAAAAAAAAGGGGGGGGGGCUGAGGAUAUAUCUC